AUGGUCAAGCCUUCCACCCUCCUUCUCGGCGCCGGCGCCGCCUUCGCUGCCGCUGCUCCCACCGAGCUUGCCGAGCGUUCCAGCUGCACCUUCACCGAUGCUGCCUCCGCCAUCAAGGGCAAGAGUUCCUGCAGCACCAUCACCCUGAAGAACAUCAGCGUUCCUGCUGGCGAGACUCUUGACAUGACCAAGCUUAAGUCAGGCACCCAGGUCGUCUUCGAAGGAACCACCUCCUUCGGCUAUAAGGAGUGGAAGGGUCCCCUUAUUUCCGUCUCCGGCACCGAUAUUACUGUUACCGGUGCUUCUGGUCAUGUUAUUGACGGCAACGGUGCUAAGUGGUGGGACGGCAAGGGCACCAACGGUGGCAAGACUAAGCCUAAGUUCUUCUACGCCCACUCGCUUAAGGGCAAGUCCGUCAUUAAAGGCCUAAACGUGAAGAAUACCCCCGUCCAGGGCUUCUCCGUUAAUAGCUCUGAGGGCCUCACCCUCGACAGCAUCAAGAUUGACAACACCGAUGGUGAUAAGACCGACGGUGGCCACAACACGGAUGCUUUCGACGUUGGCAGCUCCUCCGACAUUACUAUCAGCAACGCCAACAUCCAGAACCAGGAUGACUGUCUUGCCAUCAACUCCGGCACUAACAUCAAGUUUACUGGCGGCACCUGCUCCGGGGGGCACGGCAUCUCUAUUGGCUCUGUUGGUGGCCGCAAGGACAAUACCGUCAAGGGUGUUACUGUCGAAAACUCGACCAUUAAGAACUCCCAGAACGGUGUUCGCAUCAAGACCGUGUACGGCGCCACUGGCUCCGUGUCUGACGUCACCUACAACGACAUCACCCUCGAGAACAUCGAGAAGUACGGUCUCGUUAUCCAGCAGGACUACGAGAACGGGUCCCCCACCGGCACCCCCACCACCGGUGUCCCCAUCACCGACGUUACCAUGAAGAACAUCAAGGGCACGGUCAAGUCCAGCGGCAUCAACGAGUACAUUCUCUGCGGCAAGGGCUCGUGCUCGAAUUGGAAAUCGAGCGGAGUGUCCAUCACUGGCGGCACCAAGAAGAAGACCUGCUCGAACAUUCCCAGCGGCUCUGGCCUCUCUUGCUAA